AUGCUCUUCAAAUCAUUAACCAAGAUUUCAAUCAACCAAUUUUCAUCAUCUGCACAAAUGAAUCAUUCAAUUAUUAUGAUCAACAAUAAUGGUGCCAACCAUCAAUCAAUGAUGAAUACCAAUGAAACAUCUGCAUUCUCUCGUCCAUAUUGGUGCAAGUGGUAA